GUGGGGCUCAACACAUAUAAUCCCUCUCUCUCUCUCUCUCCUCUCCUCUCUCUCGUCCUUCUCUCUCUCCCCUUGAUCCCUCUCUCUGGAUCGUCGGCAGGGGCGAAGCUUUCUUUUGGCCGUCUGCGUCUGAACCAAAAUGACAAACCUCUAUAGAGCUGGGUCUAGAAGAGAUAAACCCAGAGAACGUCACCAUGGUUUAUCUAAACCGAAGAGGCAAGAGAUAAAGGAAGCUUUUGAGCUAUUUGACACUGAUGGCUCAGGCACUAUUGAUGCCAAAGAACUGAAUGUGGCAAUGAGGGCAUUGGGAUUUGAAAUGACAGAUGAGCAAAUCAAUCAAAUGAUUGCAGAUGUAGACAAAGACGGAAGUGGGGCAAUUGAUUAUGAUGAGUUUGAGCACAUGAUGACAGCAAAGAUUGGAGAAAGGGACACUAAAGAAGAACUUAUGAAAGCAUUUAACGUUAUUGACCUAGAUAAAAGUGGAAAGAUAUCGGCUGCAGACAUUAAGCAAAUUGCAAAUGAGCUGGGUGAAAGAUUCACUGACAAAGAGAUUGAAGACAUGAUUGCGGAAGCAGAUCGUGAUCGUGAUGGAGAAGUAAGUGCGGACGAGUUCAUGAGGAUGAUGAAGAGAACUUCCUACGGAUAUUGAAGUGUUAAGAUUAUGGUUACAUUGGGUGCCCCAAACUGCAAAACUAUUAAACUAUGGCUCCUGUUUGUGAUGUAAUUUGCACUAGAACUGGUGAUUGGUGGGAACCAGGUAUUGUAAACAUAGUGCACUCGACAAAAACCCUUGUGAGGAUUGCAUUGCCUCUUCUGGUCUAGAUCUGAAUUUGCUGCUAUGUAAUUUGGGCACCACAACAAUUACUAAGGAGAUCAUCGUGAACAAAGACUGGAUGCUUGAAAAGGAUUGUCUUGAAGUUUUCAGAUACCAUUGGACAGCUAUGCAAGGUUGUAAACAAUCCGUUUUUGUCUUUC